AUGGCUGGCGGCGGUGACGAUGCAGCAGCGGCGAGGAACAAGAUGGUGGUGCCGAAGAGGCACGUGACCGGCUUCCCCACGGAGGAGGACAUGGAGGUCGUCGUCGGCACUGUCCGGCUGGGCGUGCCGGCUGGGUCGACAUCGGCCGUGCUGGUCAAGAAUCUGUACCUGUCGUGUGACCCCUGGAUGCGCGGCCGCAUGAGCAGGCACGACGAGGGCGCCACCGCGCCGGGGCUGGACUUUGUCAUCGGAGAGACCAUGGUGAAUUACGGAGUGGGCAAGGUGAUCGACUCGACACACGCGGAAUUGACAGCCGGCGACCUCGUCUGGGGGAUGAGUGGAUGGGAGGAGUACACCCUCGUCACCCAGCCGGAAUCCCUGUUCAAGAUCAACCACACCGAGCUGCCACUCUCCUACUACACGGGUGUUCUUGGCAUGGCAGGGCUCACUGCAUACGCUGGGUUUAUGGAGGUGGGGAGGCCGAAGAGAGGCGACUUCGUGUUCGUAUCUGCUGCGUCGGGCGCCGUCGGGCAGGUCGCCGGGCAGCUCGCCAAGAUCGCCGGCUGCUACGUGGUCGGCAGCGCCGGCUCCGACGAGAAGGUCGAUCUUCUGAAGACCAAGUUCGGCUUCAACGACGCGUUCAACUACAAGUCGGAGACCAACCUCACCGCCGUGCUCAAGCGCUGCCUCCCCGAUGGCAUCGACAUCUACUUUGACAAUGUGGGCGGCGCGACACUGGACACCGCGCUCUUGCACAUGCGGCAAGGCGGCAGGGUCGUCGUCUGCGGGAUGAUCUCGCAGUACAACCUGGAGGAGCCAGACGGCCUGCGCAACAUGUUCUACAUCAUCCCCAAAGCUGUCCGGGUGGAAGGGUUCAACGUUGGUGGCUACUUCCACAUGUACUCGAGGUUCGAGGAGGAGAUGGCCGGGUACAUCAAGGAGGAGAAGGUCGUCGUCGUGGAGGACGUUGUUGAGGGGAUCGAGAGCGCGCCAGCGGCUCUAAUCGGGUUGUUCUCCGGGAGGAACGUUGGCAAACAGCUCGUGGCUCUUGCAAGGGAGUGA